AGUAGAAAACUUUUCGUAGACAUUAUUAAUAUAUAAAGCCCUUAAGCCUAAUAGUAUCAGUAUUGAAUUGAUACUCACAAGUCAAACUCCACAUCAGUGCGCUGUUUUCAUCAUAAUCUGAUUAUGUCCGUCUUAUUGCCUGCAAGAGUUUUCUUGUCUACCCGUAUUACGCCAGCUCUAGUGGGAGUUAGUCUUCGCAGCAAGUAUUAUGAUGUUAAUCCUGAAAAGGGACAGGAAUGGAAAGAUAUCACAGAAAGAGCUGUAUCGACGUUGUUUUAUCAAGAAUUGUUCCGUGGUCUAGGGAUCACCUUAGCACACUUUUUUAGAGAACCAGCUACCAUUAAUUAUCCAUUUGAAAAGGGACCAUUAAGCCCAAGAUUUAGAGGAGAGCAUGCACUUAGAAGAUAUCCAUCUGGAGAGGAAAGAUGUAUUGCAUGUAAGCUUUGUGAAGCAAUUUGUCCAGCACAAGCCAUCACUAUUGAAGCUGAAGAACGUGCAGAUGGAUCAAGGCGUACUACUAGAUAUGACAUUGAUAUGACUAAAUGUAUUUAUUGUGGCUUUUGUCAAGAAGCUUGUCCUGUUGAUGCUAUUGUUGAGGGACCUAAUUUCGAAUUUUCAACAGAAACGCAUGAAGAAAUGUUGUACAAUAAAGAAAAGUUAUUGAAUAACGGUGACAAAUGGGAAUCUGAAAUUGCUUCUAAUUUACAUGCAGAUCAUUUAUACCGUUAAAAUAAUGUUAGUGAAACUUAAAAUGAGCAACUUUUAGAGAAUUAAAAUGUUUAAUAAGGAUACAAAAUUAUUUAACAAAUGUUUAUUAUUUCCAUCUUAAUUAAAUAAAAAAUAAAAUAUUUUUUCUGUUACUGA